UCAUAACCGCUGGAUGACGUUCGGGCAACUUCGAGGCGGACAUCAUCAUCAUCAUCAUCGUCACCGCUGCCGGGGAUUUACUCUGAAUGAGUUUGCUAUAAACAGCUCGAGUUACAUAACAGCUAGUAAUUCAGUCAGUCAGCGCACUCUCAGCUCGCUGCCUCGUACACACACACACACACACACAGACAGACAGAAUUAACGUGUCAUCCCCGAGUCCACGGCCAUCUUUGUGUAAAUAUCUCCUCAUACAGUAGGUGUCAGGUGCGGUCGACGCGGAGCAAGAACUUGGGGAGGAGAAGUAACGAGCGGCUCAACGAGUCAGUCAUGUCAGUGGUAGGCAUUGACCUGGGUUUCCAAAACUGUUACAUCGCUGUGGCCAGGAGCGGAGGCAUCGAGACCGUUGCCAAUGAAUACAGUGACAGAUGCACUCCGGCUUGUGUAUCGCUGGCCUCCAAAAACCGCAUGAUUGGAAAUGCGGCAAAGAGUCAAAUUAUAAUAAACUUCAAAAAUACAGUCCACGGAUUCAAAAAGUUCCAUGGCAGAGCAUUCGAUGACCCAUUUGUUCAAGUGGAAAAACCCAAACUGCCUUACAGCUUGCAUAAACUGGCCAAUGGGAACACUGGGAUUAAGGUGCGUUAUCUGGAUGAGGACAAAGUGUUCACCGUGGAGCAGAUCACAGGGAUGCUACUCACCAAGCUGAAGGAGACGUCCGAGAGCGCGCUGAAGAAGCCGGUGGUGGACUGUGUCAUCUCUGUACCGAGUUUCUUCACCGACGCGGAGAGACGCUCGGUGUUUGAUGCGACUCAGAUCGCGGGGCUGAACUGUUUGCGGCUAAUCAAUGAUACCACUGCGGUGGCUUUGGCGUACGGGAUCUACAAACAGGACCUUCCUACACCGGAAGAACGUCCUAGAAAUGUGGUGUUUGUGGACAUGGGACAUUCAUCCCUCCAGGUCUCAAUCACAGCCUUCAACAAAGGCAAACUCAAGGUCCUGGCCACAGCCUUUGACCCUUACCUUGGUGGGCGCUGUUUUGACGAGGCGUUGGUCGAUUACUUCUGCGAGGAGUUUAAGGGCAAGUACAAGCUGAAUGUGAGGGACAAGCCGAGAGCGCUGCUGCAGCUCCAGCAGGAGUGCGAGAAGCUGAAGAAGCUCAUGAGCGCCAACUCCUCCGACCUGCCGCUCAACAUAGAGUGCCUCAUGAACGACAUCGACGUCUCCGGCAGGAUGAACAAGGCCCAUUUUGAAGACAUAUGCGCUCAAUACCUGAUGAGGGUAGAAAUGCCACUGAAAGCAGUCCUUGAACAAUCAAAGCUGAGCCGAGACGACAUAUAUGCAGUAGAGGUAGUUGGAGGAGCGACGCGAAUGCCAGCCAUCAAAGAGAGGAUUGCCAAGUUUUUUGGCAAAGACAUAAGCACCACGCUCAAUGCAGACGAAGCUGUAGCGCGAGGCUGCGCCCUGCAGUGUGCAAUUUUGUCCCCAGCAUUUAAGGUGCGCGAGUUCUCCAUCACCGAUGUGGUUCCCUUUCCUAUUACUCUCCGCUGGAAGUCACCGACGGACGGGGAGGGACUUGGAGAGUGUGAGGUGUUCAGUAAGAACCACAUCGCUCCGUUUUCCAAAGUAAUCACCUUCCACAAGAAGGAGCCCUUUGACCUUGAAGCCUUCUACAGCAGCCCUGCAAAUCUCCCGUACCCUGAUCAAAGGAUUGGAUGUUUCUCAGUACAUAAUGUGGUUCCUCAACCGGACGGCGACAGUUCCAAAGUCAAGGUCAAAGUGCGCGUCAACGUCCACGGCAUCUUCAGCGUGUCGAGCGCGUCUCUGAUUGAGAAGCAGAAGGGAGAGGGAGAGGACAUGCAAAUCGACUGUGAGCCGAUGGUGCAGAAUGAUGGCAGAGCAGAGGAUCAGACCAAAAUGCAGGUGGACCAGGAAGGCCAAAGCCAGGGGGAUCAACAGAGUGAGGAAAACAGCUCCGGCUGUAAGGACAGUGCUUCUGGGGAAAAGCAGGACCCAGCAGCCGGGGGGAGCAAGCCCAAAGUCAAAGUGAAAAGUAUUGAUUUGCCCAUCGCAGCCUGCACCAUUCGACAGCUCGACAGCGACGUUCUCAACAACUUUGUGGAGUACGAACGUCAGAUGAUUAUACAGGACAAACUGGUGAAAGAGCUGAACGACGCUAAGAAUGCCGUGGAGGAAUAUGUGUACGACCUGCGCGACAAACUUUGUGGGAUCUAUGAAAAGUAUAUCACGGAGGAUGACAGUAACCGGUUGACACUGAUGCUGGAGGACACAGAGAACUGGCUGUAUGAGGAAGGGGAGGACCAACCCAAACACGUCUAUGAGGAGAAGCUCGAUGCACUCAAGAGGUUGGGUCAACCCAUUCAAGAUCGGCACAGAGAGCACGAGGACAGGCCGAGGGCAUUUGAGGAGCUGGGGAAGAAACUGCAACUCUACAUUAAGUUUAUAGACUCCUAUAGACAGAAGGAUGAGCGAUACCUCCAUUUGAAUGCAGAGGAAAUUAGCUCUGUGGAGAAGUGUGUGACCGAGAGCAUGGGCUGGAUGAACAGCAAGAUGAAUGCACAGAACAAACUCACUAUAACUCAAGAUCCUGUGGUUAGAGUAGCAGACGUCAUUGCCAAAAUACAGGAACUGGAUGCCGUAUGUAACGCGGUGAUUAACAGACCUAAGCCCGCAGUGGAGGAACCAGCUGAAGUCAAUGACCGAGACAUCGGAGCGCAUAAUGGUCCGAAAGCAGAUGGGAAGGGAGAUGCAAAGGGAGGCCAGCAGACAAAGCCUGGCACAAGAGAGAUGGAUGUGGAAUAAGAUCAGUGUCUGAGACAUAAACUCUGCCACCGUCCCUGCAUUUACCACCACCACUGAUCGUGUAGGCAGUAGAAACAUUGACACCUGGGACCAUUUCUCAGCCCUCACCAGCUGCGUUUGUGGAUUUGUUUUUCAUGCACCUCACUGGACUUUACCUUUUGAGACUUUUUUUUGUUUUGUUUUCACCCUUUCAUCCUUAUGUGUGACACUAGUGUGCUUUCACCUCUCAAAGUUUUGAAAUACUUAAAUAAAUUAAAGAAUGAUGCAAUAGAUUAAUAAAACUGAUUCUGGAAGUGAAACUCUUUUCUGUACACUGUGUUUGCGGUCGAGAAUCAGCAGUAAAUCGUCUCACUUAAGUGCUGUCCAAAUAGUUGUUGUUUUGGAACUAGUUUGAGUGCAAAUUAUAUACAUUUACAUUGAAUGAGUGUGAAAGUAUUGUCCAUGUUUAGAAAAUGUAAAUACUAUUUUAGUAAAUCAAAGCCGCCAACAUUCCCAGAUUUAGCAAUGGUUAUGUUUGAUAUGCCAAAUCUUUGUUUUCAUUGUUUUCAUAUUUAAGUCAAAGAAUUAAAAGAUGCCAAAAUACUACAUUUAUCUAUGAGACAACUUUUGUUUACACUGAACUAUUUGAUCACAUGCUCAGGGCCUAAUAGAAGGACUAAAUACCUCAUGCCUCCUGGGCAUGAGGUAUAGAGUCAGUGGGUCACAUGACUUUUGUUUUUGAAUGAAGGCAUAACCUAC